CGCGCGUCCACGGAGUAGAAAGCUGCGGAGUUGUGCUCGAGUGCUUAGCACACGCAAUUGACCUUGGAAGAAAAGAGAUUUGAUUACCAUAGUCCGGAGUCUAGACUCCCACCCGUGACCUGAAGGAAGGAUUUCGGUUCAUGUCAUCACGGUAAAUGCUUAAUCUCUACAGUAGAUAACCUAGUCGUUUUCAACUUGUUUGGAAAUAAACGGGGAUCGCAUUUCUACGUGACUGGAUAUUACAAUAUUUAAAAGAGGAAGAAAAUAAUAUAUGGAAAGCAACUAUCGACGGAAAACUUUGGACAGGUUUUUAGGUUUGGUCUGCGUUUUUGAUUUUCAUAUUAUUUUUGAUCACCAUGGAUUACAGUAUUAUUUAUAAAACCGCUGUCAAACAUCCGUUUAUCCCGUCUAUAUUUGGAUUUUUAUAUUGAAUGUUUGGUAUUCUGUUUGGUUAGAAGCUACAACGACGAGCCAAAUAAAUUUAAUAUCCUGAAAAGAGAAACAGACUCCGCGCAUUGAGAUUAAAUUACACUAAAACUGUCAAGUGAUUUUGCAAUUGUCAUUGCGACAUUCUGUCACAUCUGCUUUUUAAGUUUAAAUGUACACACAUCUUUUUCUUGUUGUGGGCGAUACCGCGGAUUUUUUGCAAUAAAUUACUUUUCAAGGAUCGCAUGGGACCUUCGGGUCGAAGUGCGAACGACCACUGCUGUCACUGGAAUGAAACGGGAGGAGAGCGACACGAACAACACCAGCAUCAAUUCUUCGCCGUCGGUGUCAGAGCAAGAAUUUGAGGUGGAGGGCACUGUGCUGGAUGGCGAAAUGGAGUGCAUGGUGCUGCAGGACAGGAGAGAACUGGAAGAGGAGGUUUGGAAGCCAGAAUUAAACCAGAAUCACUGUCAAGAUGUGGUGAAGGAUUACCUACAAAUGCACUACAGUCCAGACUUUGAGUUUUGGAUGAAGACCACAGCUGAUGGAAUGGGUACAAUUGGACUUGGAGCCAGCUGUUCUGAGGGGUACGGCACUGAGGAACUCCUAACAGAACCAGAGACCACACAUACUUGUUUGCCUGGUGAGAGCGAUGCAGAUGCAGAUGUUGAGGAUGCAGAGAGCCGGUUACAAGAGACUCAGCCCCUGCAGCGAGUAAGUUCCAAGCGAAGACGAAGGCCGCGGAUUGUCAAACAAGAUACAACGGAGAGUGAAGACGAUGGAGGGCGAAACCAAAGGACACACCGCUGGAAUCUUAGGCUGAGUCCUCAUCAUGGGCCCAACAAACCAAUAAUAGAGGAAAGUAUCUCCCAGAUGCGUCCACUGGUUCUGGGCAAAUCAACAGCCAUUUCUGAAAGAGACUCUCCCAGCCCUAAGCGAUGCAAAACAGCAACAAGCCACUCUCUGUUCCACACCUUUACUUGGUCCCUUGCCAUCUCCUUUUUUAUUCUGCCUGUGACUGUCGUCUUUUUGAUAUAUGUCUUGCCAUUGGCUAGUGGGUAAGACCAAUGCAAAUUGGCCUCCAUUGUGCUUCAGAAAGACUGCUGCUUAAUGUGCCUGAUAAAAGAAAUCCUAAUACCACAAUUCUGAUUCUUUUAAUUUUUCAGUAAUAAAGUGUGUCUAUUGAGUUAAUUGUCUCAUUUUUAAUAGUUUUGUAUUGUUAUUCUUACUUUAAGAAGCUAUACCUCCAAACUCUUCCUUGGCUUAUUAGCAGUUGCUCAUCCAGUUUUGCAUUUUUUCUGGUGUGCUCGUUUUUGUCGCUUGCAAUCUGAUUCAGUGAGCUGACAGAUGAAGAGCAUGUAGGGGUGGACUUACAGAGGACAUUCACAUUUUUAACAUUUCGAUUCGUUAUAAUGCUUGCAAGGUCCUAUGUCGAUACCAUUUCUAACUUGGAAAGUAAAACUGAGUUACUCUUCCGUGAACAGCAUAUCAUAUAUUACUUUUCCAAAAUGUACAAACUGACGUGUCGAGUACACUCCGUUCCCUGUGAUUACAGUCAUAAAAUAUUGCUGGCCAAUAUUUUAUUAUGUGGAAUGAAACUGAAAAAUGUUUCACUUUACCCAUAGGCAACAAGUCCUGGACCAUAUAACUGUCAUAGUGUUGUUAGCUGUCUUUCAGUCUCUUCAACUCAUAGUCUUUAAGAGGAUAGAAAAGUGUCUCAUUUCUUUUUAUAUCCAAACAUCCAUCUCAACUUUCUCACUUCUGCCACAUCUAAUAUCUUCUCCUGCGCUCCCUUUACUGCCCGUGUCUCAGCUCCAUACAUCAUUGCUGUCUUAAAAACACAACAUUUAACCUUUGCAUUUUCUUCAAUCACACAAUACUUCUGAUAUCUUCUAAUUGUUUCAACCACAUUGCACUCUGUGGAUUACCUCUGCAACCAAUUCUCCAUCUUGAGCUAUCCCUGGUCCAAGAUAUUUAAACUUUUUAAGCUCUCCCUGCAGACUAACUUCUGAAUUCUGAUCAUCAUUAAGCUGCUAAAUAAAUAAAUAAUUCAGCUCCUCAAAUAGUCAAUGAGAGUAAAACACAACAAGACUCAGUCUGGGCAACAAGUAAGAGCGCUGUGUUCAUGAGACAUGUAGUUUUAACACUGAAUGGAAAUAAGGGAGCAAAGUUAGUAAAUGAUGAUUUUGUUGUCUUUUAUACAAGUGACAAACAUCCUUUAAAAAGGAGAAGGGACAGAGACAGAGGACCUGGUAAGUGUUAUAAUGAGCCCGCAUGUCAAAAGGUUUGAACUUCACCUUUAAUGGUUUUGAAAUUCUUGAUUUUUCAGUGAUUAUGACAAUUUAAUUGAUAUGUUAGUUUUUGUGUUACCUCUUAUUGUAUUUAAUCUAACAUUUAAACAAAUGAAUACUGUGGUUUGAGUAUUUACAGCAGGCAUGUUACUUUAUUGUAAUGUGUAAACAAGACAUUUCUGACAGAAAGGAACUUUCAUCUGUACUGUAAAUCUGUUGAUUAAUUAUAGUAUUUUACUGAUUUUAUCCAAAAUGGAAUUAAUACAUUUUGUUGCAAUUGAAAUUUACAAAUGUAAAUAUUGUAUUGUAUUUUUUUAUUCCAUCAGUAUUUUAUUGUUCUUUUCAGUUUGGGUUUAGCAUUUUAAAAGGCUUCAGCAUAGCUAGUAGACAAAUGCACACUGUACUGUAUAUACAAUUAAGACAAUUAUUUUUGUGGUUUUUGACUGGUGUCAGCAGUGGGCUACUAGCUGGGAAAGCUGGAAUAAGUUUGCUCAUUUAAGGGUGAGGCUGGGGGUGACAGAUAGGAAGCCAGUGGUCUCCGGUCAAGCCGCAGUCCCUGACUUGGAGGAGUCAAGUGCUUCAGUGGAAUAAUCAGCUGAGGGUAACGAAACAGAGUUCAGGAGGUGCAGAAACAUGAGAGGCAAACGAGUGAGUCCCCAAAAAAGGUUUAAGGUCCGAGUGCAAGUAAAUCUGGACUUGAGAGACAAAUGAUUUGGAGAGGUUCAUCGAUGUGCCAGGGUGUUGUGACACCGAGAGAUGAGAAUCAAGAAAGGGAGUGCUCUUGUACGACACUCGGGAGGUGGGCAGGAGGGCAGACAAGUGCACUUGAGAGGGGGCAGCUAGAGGAGCAGCAGGGGUUUUCUUUGGUUUGGUUUCUUUUUACCUUUCAGAUUUCUUUCUGUAUCUCUCCACAUUUGCUUUCUUAUUUACAAUAAACAAAUUACUUUUCAUAA